UAAAGACUGACGACCGAGGGGACUCCACUUGCCUUGUGCUUUGCUUUGUUGUCUGUCUCUGUCUCUCAUUCGAACGCACCACUCACCUCACCACCCACACAAUGACCCUCCUUGCCGCCGCCCGUUCCGCGCGCACCAGCGUGCCCCGCCUCGCGACCCGCGCCUUCACGUCGUACAACGCGCCCGUGGCGGGCCUCACGCCCGCGCAGGAGGAGUUCCGCGCCGCCGUCGCCGAUUUUGCCAAGAAGGAGAUCGCGCCCCGCGCCGCGCAGAUCGACAAGACGAACAAGCUGCCCGAGGACAUCUUCCCCAAGCUCGGCGAGAUGGGCCUCCUCGGCGUCACUGUUCCCGAGAAGUAUGGCGGUCUCGGGCUCGGAUACUUUGAGCACACGAUCGCUAUGGAGGAGCUUGGUCGCGCCUCGGCGUCGAUUGCGCUGAGCUAUGGUGCCCACUCCAACCUCAUGGUCAAUCAGCUCGUGCGCAACGGCAACGAGGACCAGAUCAACAAGUACCUCCCCAAGCUCCUCACCGGCGAGCACAUUGGCUCGCUGGCCAUGUCGGAGCCCAACGCGGGCUCGGACGUGGUGAGCAUGCGCACCAAGGCCGAGAAGAAGGGCGACAAGUGGGUGCUCAACGGCUCCAAGGCGUGGAUCACCAACUCGCCCGUGUCGUCGACGUUCCUCAUCUAUGCGCGGACGGACAGCUCCGUGUCGCCCAGUAAGGGCCUGAGCGCGUUCCUCGUCGAGCGCAACUCGCCUGGUUUCUCGGUCGGCGAGUCGCUCGACAAGUUUGGUAUGCGCGGCUCCCCCACGGCCGAGAUCUUCUUCGACAACGUCGAGAUUCCCGAGGAGAACCUCCUCCGCCAGCCGGGCAAGGGUGCCGCCAUCCUCAUGUCGGGUCUCGACUACGAGCGUCUCGUCCUCUCUGGCGGUCCCCUCGGCAUCAUGCAGGCGGCCCUCGACCUGACGCUCGACUACACGCACGAGCGCAAGCAGUUUGGCAAGAGCAUCGGCACGUUCCAGCUCAUGCAGGGCAAGAUUGCCGACAUGUACACCAAGCUCUCGGCCUCCCGCGCAUACGUGUACGCCGUCGCGCGCGCCGCCGACGCGGGCAAGGUCUCGCGCGAGGACUGUGCCGGUGCGAUUCUGUACUCGUCUGACCGCGCCGUCGAGGUCGCGCUUGAUGCGCAGCAGUCGUUCGGCGGAAACGGCUACAUCAACGAGUACGACGUCGGCCGCCUCGUCCGCGACUCGCGCCUCUACACUGUCGGCGCGGGCACUCAGGAGAUCCGCCGCGGCCUCAUUGGCCGCAUGUUCAACGAGGCGCAGGCUGCCGGCAAGGACCACUUGUAGGGGGUGGAAGGACAGUAGGCAAGAGAAGAGGGAAGCACGUAACGACUCGGCAGCGGCCGCCGCCACACAUUUGUAUAUCUGCAUGCAGUAGGAUAGUCACAA